AUACUUAUACUGCCGUUCAACCGUGACGUCUUCGACUCCUUGCUCGGAUCUUCUGAAAACGAUUCAUAUUUCACGAUGCUCACUGUUAUUGCCCGUCGUGUCCCACUCACCCGACUCGUCCUCUCAAGGGGUUACACCUCAAGUCUCAAGGAAGGCAGCGUUGCUCAGAGCCAAGGAUUCUCAAAAAAGGAGAAAGCUCAUGAAGACGAGUACGCUCGUAGGCACGAGGCAGAGCUGUUGCGUAAGCUGAAAGCUGAGAUUGAGGCAAAGAAGGAGGAGCUUGCCAAGCUUCAGGAGAAGCAUGACGAAGUCAACUCGAAGCAGUAAAUAGCUUUAGUGCGAUGAUGCCAAUGGAUCGCAAAGGUUCAGUGCAACGCUAACCACAUCUGAGUUUCGUUCUCAUCUCGCUGGUCACACAAUGUUAUUUCUCCAGUUUGCUACUAGUCGCGUCCAACUGGAUGGACAAAUAUACAAAUGUUGCUCAUUC